UGACACCAGUCGCUAUGCUCACAGUCUGUGGAGUUUCUCUGACAUUCAGUUCAUCCUACAGUCUUCUAUAAAUCACUGCAAGUGAAGUGCGGUAAUUCAGACGUCAGGACUUCGGCAGAAACUCUACGCUUCAUAACUCCAGCAAUGUCUUCCUCUAAGAACCUUUAUGGCAAUUACUUGCCAGAACACAUUCAACCUCCAGCGUACGGACAGAGCCAGGAAAGGUUUCCACCACCACCCUACCCCAGUGUGCCACAGGGCCAACCUCCUUACAACAGCUCUGGACAAUAUCCUUCUGCACCGAAUGCUCCACACCAACCUUAUUACAUCCCCACUCCAGGACCAAGACAUCCACCAACUCAAGUCACCCAAGACAUAGGUCGCAAAUCUACACAAUGCUGCAAUCCAAAGAGGAGGACCUACUGUUAUAUCAUCUCCCUGUUUCUGGGCCUAUCCAUUGUUGGCAUUGGUGCUUGGAUUGUUAUCAAGUUCGUGAUGGACAGUGCAACACAGUCGACCACCCACUGCCCCAGCUCGGUGACUCGGUGCAAUAGCAUCAGUGAAUGUGACGACAACAGCGAUGAACUGGGAUGUGUGCGAUUUAACGGAGUGGAAUCACGGCUGGAGGUCUAUGGGUGGCAACAAAAGCAAUGGUCACCUGUUUGUUACACGGCCUGGAGUCAAAGUUUGGCAAGCAAGACAUGUCAACAACUGGGAUUCACAAGUUAUUACCAAACCAAGCGUGUGAUUGGAGACUCUUCUUCAAACCUUGUUAUCAACACAUCACAACAACUGACCAACCUGCAAAGUAUCCUGAGCUACAGCUCCAAGUGCCUGACGAAAGAUGUCGUCAGUCUCCAAUGUGUUGAUUGUGGCAAAAGGUACAAGUCAUCAUCCAGAAUCGUGGGUGGAACAGCAAGCCAAGAGGGGAAUUGGCCAUGGCAAGUUAGUCUCCACUACAAGUCACGGCCAGUGUGUGGUGGGACCCUCAUUUCACGUGGCUGGGUGAUCACUGCAAGUCACUGCAUCUUUGAAGAUGAAGCCCAUAUAACGUCCAAUUGGGAAGUCUACAGUGGUUUCAUUUCACAAAGGCAACUCUCAAAAGCCACACUGAGUUUCAUCUCAAAAAUUAUCGUGCACAGGGACUACAAUCAACACACCAAUGAUAAUGACAUUGCUUUGUUGAAGCUUCGCAAUCCAUUGGUGUUUACAGCUAAAAUCAUGCCUGCCUGUUUGCCAACCGCCAACCAGCAAUUCCCCGAUGGAUCAAGUUGCUGGAUCACAGGAUUUGGUCUUGUGGAAGAAAAUGCAAACACUGCUUCUCACUCCCUCCUGGAAGCUCAAGUUAACAUCAUCAGCAGAACAACGUGUAACACAAGAAAAUUCUACGAUGGGCGUAUAACAGAAAACAUGAUCUGUGCUGGCACGGUCACGGGGGGAGUCGACUCCUGUCAGGGUGACAGCGGUGGGCCCCUGGUAUGUAAAGCAGACGGCAUCUAUUACCUGGCUGGAGUUACAAGCUGGGGUGUUGGUUGUGCUCGCAAAUACAAGCCAGGUGUUUACACAAACAUGCUGAAAUACACACAAUGGACCUACGCACAAAUGGAGAGUAACAAGUAAUGACAUUGACCGACAGUGAAUACAUAGUCAACUACUAGCCGUGUUUGUUCAUCCCAGACAGUGGCACUUGUAUAAAGGAAGUUGGUCAGGGCAAGAGACUUUGCCUAUCACUUGUCCGGCACGAGGAAGAGAGUUUGUAUUGGUGUGGAGUGCAGGUUUACUCACUCAACACAGAGAACAUUUAUCCGCACAUCAACUGUUGAUGCCACACCUUGUCGAUCAGACUACUUUUCCGCCUUUCACUACUUUAUCUUACUUUAUUGUGAAAAUUCCUACAGAAUCCAAAGCUAAUUGGGAUGUGACCGGCUCUGAAUGUAAACACUUCCUCCUUUCAAAGGUCUUGCCAGAGAUUUUCAAUUGGAGAUCCAGCACAACAUAAUUUAUUAUGACUGAAAAUUAGUUUUAAGAUACAGAGCCUGAAUUAGUCAGUUUCUUUGGAAAUUUAGAAAAGAAUCAUGUUCAUUAAGGUUCAAAAAUGCUUAUUAGUGGCCCGUUGACGUGAAGAGACAGUUUAAUUCCCACAGAUACAAGGAGUGCAAGUGGCAGUGAAUAUCGGCUGGGAGUGUGUGUGUUGGGAGGAUUGGCCAAUGGUGUUUAUACUUGUAGACACACCCCUGGGCCAACAUAUUGUUUGCACACUAAUGCAAAACUCAGUUUACAUGCCUUAAAAUUUGCAUUUCAAAUUCUGCCUUCUUUCGCACAGAUUCGGGCAAAUGUGGGACAAAUUGCAGCAAAUUACAGUUGAUCAUAGACUAUGAACAAAGGUUGUGAAUAGACUGGCUCUGGGGGCUGUAGGUGCUUUGGCCCAGAACUCAUCAGAGUUUGGCCAGGAUAUCACUUGCUUCUGUUCAGUGUCAGUGUGUAGAUUGGGGCUCCUGCAAUGCUAAGGAGCCAACGUACUUGUUUUGAUAUCAAUUGAGCAUCAGGCCGGAAGGAAUGAGAUGGGGGCAGUCACGUGGCAAUUCAACCCUUCUUGUAUAUUGGACAAUAUCAUCCAUCACUCAGCUUGCAACUCCACUACCUGCCCUGACACCAUCGUGUGAUCACAUCUUCUGAAAGACCUUGAUUACAAUUCUCUUUAAA